AUGUCAGAAGAGGAUGAUUCAGAUAUCAGCGACGAAUUCAAAGAUGAACUUGUCGAUCAGAUAUCUAGAGGGAAUUCUAUUCCUCUUAAAGACUCCAACGCCCGCUAUGUUCGAUUAAUGUUGGACCAUUCUGCUUUUGUUCGUGGGAUAGGAAAUAUCAAACGCUGGUUUAAUGAAGAAUAUAUAAAGCAAAACUUCAGUACGGCCUCGGACCCAAUCUUUUUGAACUUAUAUAUACCUUCCUAUACUUUGCACGAGUUUGAUUUCGUGAAAAAGGGCACAUCAAUUACAGCAACGAAUGCUAGGGGAGCCAUCAAGUUUAUUGAUAACUAUUUAGAGAAUCAAUCUGCAAUGGUACAUGGAAACAUCAAAUAUAAUAUGAGUUUAGAGUCUCCAAAUGAAAUACCACCAUCCUGGACCAAAUGUUCAAAAUACAAAUUGUACUCACCGAAAAUUAAAGACUUUCCCAAUUAUAAAACCAAGUUUGAUUCAAAUCUCAUUGGAGAAGUCCCACACAAGGAAACCCUUCUUCUGCAUCGAGAGAGUGAAAUAACUAACAACGAACCUGAUAGUGAUACAUCAUCGGAGUCCUCUGCAGAAAUGCCAGCCAGAUUAAAAUACUUGAUACGUACUUGUAUUUAUAAACGAUUUAUUGAAAAAACUCAACCAAAGUCUAAAAAUAGUAUAGAGGAUUGGAAGUUGGUCACUGAAGACCCAAUAACCAAGGUUUGGGCAAGAUCGUUUGGAAUUGAUUGCGUGAAUGUCAAUGAGGCUGAAUUGCUCAUUUUUCAAAAUUAUGACGUCAAUUCCUUCAAGAUAUAUAAUCCAUUUUCAGCAAAUGAUGGAUUUGAUCCCAGUAAUGAUGUAUUGCAAAACAAAAUAGACUCAACCUUGUACGAGUAUAGGUCAGUGAAGCAAGAACUACCCAAAAUCAACCGUAAACAUCGUUCCAGAAAACUCAAAAGAAAGGAUGGUGAAAGCAUUCCGUAUGAGGGUGUUGUUUAUGAAGAGAAAGACAACAGUGUAUUGAGUGGUACGAUCAAGAAGGAAAAGUUUGACGCUAUCAAUUUUGCACCAAGAGGAAAAGGGAAGUUGUGGAGGCCAUAG